CGUCAAACGCCUUUCGCAAGAAACUCAUGAUACCUCAAACUCUAGCCAGUACUACACCGGUUACAUUGUUCCAUUGCCCGCCGUUAUCACAUUCCACCAUCCGCGUUUCAUUGGCCCAUCCGAUCAUCCCUUUGGGACCUUUGGGAGUUAAAACACUUGAUAUCUGCUGCCUUCUGGUACUCUUGAUAAAAUUAUUGAGAACAUCCGAAGAGAUGUCUUCAUCUAAUGGACUAUCAAAAGAUGCGUCUUCGGACGCAGCGGCGAGUGAAGCAGACUUAGCAAAGGUACGUCUUGGUGACCAUCGUCUCAAUGAAAUGAAAAUGCUACCUGGGCUUUGCUGAUUCCAUCAGGCCAUGGCCGAGAUAUUGCAGUAAGUGCUCUCAUAUUGCACCCAUUCUCUGUCUUGGGUAUCAACUCGGGUCGCAAUGCAACUCUUCAACCCAUUUAACUUCCCAAUUGCUCUUACCUCUCUGGUUGUCCAAGCAAACGCAAUUGUGAUUGCUCUCAACCACUGAACCUUCCGUUUAUCUCAUGCAAUCAAAGCGAACACAACGGGAAAUACUCAAAACUAUUCUACUUACAAUCUUUCUGUGUUCUAGGGGCGAAAAGACUGCAGCCGCUCUUGAAUCCAAUCUCGACAACCUGGAAAAGAAAAUUGAUGAUUUGCUGGCUAGUUUCGAGGAAUCAGAACACCUAAAGGUCGAAGAAGCAAACUCAAAACGUUCUGCUCCGUCCGGGAGUGAUUCCAAAUCCCCUGAUCAUGGUGGUACUAUCAAAGACCCAAAAGCUUGAAGCGAGACUUCUUGAUGAAAUGAAAGUACAUUAAGGAUGUUGGAAGCUCUUCACGGUAAAAGAUACGACGGAACGGUUCAUCAAGUUCGUGCGGUAUAUUGCUCACUACCGGCGACUCGAACCCCUUUCUUGUUGGGUUACAAGGAAAUUUUGGUUAUUCGGAUCUCUCUUCUGGCCGAUGAUGGGGUGGGGGUGAAGGUGGGAGAGAGAAAAGGGCACAUUUCGCUACUAACAAAGCAAUUCUAGGCGGACCCCAGAAACUGCAAUUUCAUAGCACUUCAAUGAGUAUCAAGUACUGCAUAUUGGAACUAUCAACUCAAUCAUACGAUACUAUCAUUGCGCACACUUUAUUGAUCUGAACAAGUUGUUCCCAAAUUUAUUUCUACUCUGUGUUCAUGAUUCCAG